CUGAGUCAUUAGGAAUCACAGAAUUCCUAAGGAAGAAAGAAAUACACCCGGAUGACCCUGGACCUAAGCAGCCCAGCAGACAGAUGGAUGGGGAGCAGCCAGAGGGAGCCGGCAGCGGGAAGAGGGAGCACGAGGCUGUGGAGGAGGGACUGGCCUCGGUGAAAAGACCCCGAAGGGAAGCCCUGCCCAAGGACACCACUGAAUCUCUCGCUGCCAACACCGGAGGCCGGGAGAAGCACAGGCCCUUGCAUGCUUUGGCUGCCGGUGAGGGUAAAAUGGUGUCUGUGGGUUGUAUCCAUGGCCUGGUGGCCCUGCUGGCAUGCACAGAUGUGCCCAGAAUUGCCACUUUUCAGGUUGGGUGACCUGUAGCUGGAUUUAAGGGACCCUCUGGUUCCUCAAGUGUCAUUCCAGCCUCCCAGUGUUCUGUCAUUCCAGAUUUGUUCCCUGCGA